AUGUCAUCUCAAACAUCCGCUUCCACAGAGUCCCACUCUCCUUCUGGCGAAAAAUGGCCGCACAAUACGGAGCGAACAUCGCGCGACUCCGACUCCAUCGUUUCUGUGUCUUCGGCAGAUACUGAGACCGACCAUGAUGCACUGGGCAAGACGUUGACGGUGCGCGCAUCGCGGGUCUCAGAUCAUAUGUCCCUCGCAGAGCGGGUGACGACUAUUCCGACGAAUGUAACGGCAGAUCCGAACUUUGAAGUUGAUUGGGAUGGUGAAGAUGAUCCUGAGAAUCCGAAGAAUUGGACGUUGCAAUAUAAAGCUAUGGGACUGUUGUUUUUGUCCUGGAAUACGCUGAUAGUUGUCCUUUAUUCCACAUCCUAUACAUCAGGCGUCGAGCUCAUCGGCGAAGAAUUCCACAAAUCCAACACCAUCGUCACCCUGGGAUUGACCUUUUACCUGAUCGGUCUCGCCAUCGGAUCCAUGUUCAUGGCCCCGCUCAGCGAAGUUUAUGGCCGAAAGCCCGUCUGUGUUGCUUGUUUAGCCGUGUUCACAGUCCUGAUUAUUCCAUGCGCCCUGGCCAAGUCGGUGACAGCCUUGAUCGUGGUCCGCUUUUUCGGCGCCUUCUUUGGCAGUGUGAUGAUUUCGACUGCACCGGGUAUGGUGGCUGAUCUGGUAGAUGAUGAUCAUCGGGCGUUGGCUAUCUCGAUCUGGAGUAUUGGGCCGUUGAAUGGACCUGUGCUGGGCCCCGUGAUUGGUGGGUUCGUUACGCAAUAUCUGGGCUGGCGCUGGAUGUGCUGGAUUGCACUGAUUCUCUCAGCCGUUGCCCUGGUUUUCGCUGUUAUUCUGAAGGAGACAUAUGCGCCCACUCUACUGCAGAAGAAGGCAGCUCGGCUCCGCAAGGAAACGGAUGACUCACGCUGGUGGUCUCGCUACGACCAGAAGGCGAGUCUGCCCGAGAUCCUGGCACUGAAUCUCAGCCGACCAUUCGUAAUGGCUGUUACCGAGCCAAUCUGCAUCUUCUGGAACAUUUACAUCGCCAUCGUCUACAGCAUUCUCUACCUCUGUUUCACCGCGUAUCCGAUUGUCUUCCAAGACAUUCGCGGUUGGGACCUGGGUUUCUCAGGCCUAGCCUUCCUCGGCAUUGGCGUCGGCGUACUCAUCACCAUCGCCUGUGAACCCCUGAUCCGCCGACUGAUCAACAGCCACGCAAAGGACCCAGAGACCGGCCGUGUCCACCCCGAAGCAAUGGUCUCCAUCGUCUGCAUCUGUUCCAUGCUCAUUCCCAUCGGCGAGCUCUGGUUCGCCUGGACAUGCUCGCCCGCCUCGAUCCAUUGGAUCGUGCCCUUACUCGCGGGCAUUCCCUUCGGCGCGGGAAACACGGGUGUCUUCAUCUACGCCUCCAACUACCUCACCUACAGCUACGGCAUGUACGCUGCGUCUGCACUUGCCGGCAACUCAGUCAUCCGCAGUGUGUUGGGCGGUGUCCUGCCACUAGUGGGAUCGUACAUGUACGCAGGUCUUGGUGCGAAUUGGUCCGGCACAUUGCUGGGCUUGUUGGAGGUGGCUAUCGUGCCAAUUCCAUUCGUGUUCUACAAGUAUGGGCAUAAGAUCCGCAUGAAGAGUACUUUGAUCGUGCGCAUGCAGGAAGAUAAGAAGAGGUUGGAAGGAAAGCGGGCGCGGAGGACGCCGAGAACGCAGCAGGCGCUUGCAGGUGAUGUUGAGAAGCAGGAUGAUAAUGUCUAA